AUGGCUGGAGUCUGCAAGCGCGGACGAGGCGCUAAGGUCCAGACCAGUACUGCCUACCCUUUGCCCCCAGAAAGAGGAGGAGCCGACAACCAGGUCCACGCACGCGCUCUCCUCUCUCCCCUCACCUUCGACCUCUGGAGGGCUCACGUGAGGCACGCCCCCUCCUCGCGCCUUCCCAGGCUUCGCGGGUGGGACCGCCCCUUGCCCUUCGCGCCUCUUUGCGCACGCGCUAGGACACGCCCCUUCCACCGGCGGGAUCGCCCCGAGCCCUCGCGCCUCUGCUGCACGCAGGAGCUGCGGCUUCUUGCCGCUUGCGGCCUUUGCGGGUCCCCAGAUGCGUUCUGUUGCCUCCUCCCUCUCCGUCCGGUUCCUGGCCGGAGGUGUCUGGCGGGACCGAGAAUCCGGAGAGGCGGCGAGGGAGCCCCUGAGCGCGGCCUCCGGGGGCGGGCAGCGGCGCGGUCUGAGGUAAAUGCCUGGCCCGGCCGGUCGGACCCUCGCGGGGCCGGUUCCCGCCGCCGCCGCCAGUGGGCAGGGCUUCUCCUCGCCCCGACCUCGGUCUCCGGUCUGCCAACCGGGCCGGCCCACCGCACGGGACUGCGGAGGAAGCAGAGAUGCCUACUGGAUCACAGAACAUUGAAAUUGUUGGAAGUUGUGACUGUCCUACCCCCCAGUCACCAAGAGCCAAAUGGGAAGUUUCACAAGAAUGUAGAUGGUCCGUCUUGGCUCACCAUUUUAAUCUCCAGCACCAAGCCUGGUAUUCAGAUGGAAACAGAGGCAAAAGGAGGUGUGGUUCUUAAAGACAAAACUGGGGGUGCGCCUGGGUGGCUCAGUCGUUAAGCGUCUGCCUUCAGCUCGGGUCAUGAUCCCAGGGUUCUGGGAUCAAGCCCUGCGUCGGGCUCCCUGCUCUGUGCGAAGCCUGCUUCUCCCUCUCCCAUUCCCACUGCUUGUGUUCCCUCUCUUGCUGUCUCUCUGUUAAAUAAAUAAAUAAAAUCUUUUAAAAAUUAAAAAAAAAAAAAAAGACAAAAAUGGGAUACGAAGUCCGGUCUCCUAGUUCUCAGGCCAGCCAGCAUUCUUUUUACUUUCCUUUGUGUUCUCUCAGUGUUGGGGUUGGAACAUCUAACCCUUUCAUUUUACAAAUGGGAAACUGGGGCCUUGAAAGGGGAAGGACUCAUCCAA